AUGAACAAUGAACAAUCUAUCAUUCUGGAUGUUUAUUGCUUCGUUAAAGAAACGGAAGGCACCUGCCUAUGGCCUACGUUUGCUUGGCUGGCCGAACUUGUGCCUCCGUCCCCGUCUCCGUCCCCAUCCAUCACCGAGCAUCUCCAUUCUCGUCUUUGCACCCAAUCUAUGGCUACUAUCGCUACUAUGCCAAGCACCAAGAUGGGACACACGGCAACGGCGACGGCGCCGAAAUCUGAUCCCAAGGACCCCAAGGGACCAAACGUUGUGCGGGCUGCAGCGUACAAGGUACCUUACCUUGUCUCGGGGUGGGAAGAGGCACGCAGUAGGCGCAUGAGGGGAAAGUCUACACCGACUCGCGCGUUUCCCCGUUCCCGCCUGUUCAAGGCUUCAAGCCAGAGGCAGGCCGCGCCGCCGCAGAACCGAAGAUGA